AUGGCCCCCGACCGGCCCCCGCCGGCCUUCGCCGAGGCCGGGCAGCAGAGCGGGCUGCAGGUGUGGCGCGUCGAGCGGCUGGAGCUGGUGCCGGUGCCCGCCAGCCUCCACGGCGACUUCUUCGUGGGGGACGCCUACCUGGUGCUGCACACCGUCCGCCGCGCCGCCGCCGCCGCCUACCGCCUCCACUACUGGCUCGGGAAAGAAUGUACCCAGGAUGAAAGCACAGCUGCAGCUAUCUUUGCUGUUCAAAUGGAUGACUAUUUAGGAGGAAAGCCUGUGCAGAGUAGAGAAAUUCAAGGAUAUGAGUCUACUGAGUUUGUGGGCUACUUCAAAGGAGGAAUUAAAUACAAGGCAGGUGGUGUUGCUUCUGGAUUUAAUCACGUUGUUACUAAUGAUCUGAGUGCCCGGAGGCUUCUGCAUAUCAAGGGCCGGAGAGUUGUAAGAGCCACAGAAGUCCCCCUGGCUUGGACCAGCUUCAACAAAGGAGAUUGUUUCAUUAUUGACCUCGGAACUGAAAUCUAUCAGUGGUGUGGCUCAUCAUGCAAUAAAUACGAGCGGCUGAAGGCUACUCAAGUUGCUGUUGGCAUUCGGGACAAUGAACGAAAUGGAAGGUCUAAACUAAUAACCGUGGAAGAAGGGAGUGAACCAGACCAGCUCAUAGAGGUUUUAGGGAGCAAGCCAGCGCUUCCUGAGUGUGAUGAUGAUGAUGAUGAACUGGCCGAUAUUACAAACAGGAGAAGUGCUAAACUAUAUAUGGUGUCAGAUGCAAGUGGAUCCAUGAAGGUGUCCGUGGUAGCAGAGGAAAACCCCUUCUCCAUGGCUAUGCUUUUGUCUCAGGAGUGCUUCAUUUUGGACAACGGUGCUGCGAGGAAGAUCUUUGUGUGGAAAGGCAAAGAUGCUAACCCACAAGAGCGAAAGGCUGCCAUGAAGAAUGCUGAACAAUUCAUACAGCAGAUGAAUUAUCCUGCCAACACACAGAUUCAAGUCCUUCCCGAAGGAGGUGAAACGCCAAUUUUCAAACAAUUUUUCAAAGACUGGAAGGAUAAAGAUCAAAGUGAUGGCUUUGGCAAAGUAUAUGUCACAGAGAGAGUGGCUAAAAUUGAGCAGAUUGAAUUUGAUGCUACCAAGUUACACGAGUCUCCACAAAUGGCUGCCCAGCAUAACAUGGUAGAUGACGGUUCAGGGAAAGUAGAGAUCUGGCGUGUGGAAAGCAGCGGCAGAGUUCCUGUGGGACCCGAGACGUACGGACAGUUCUACGGUGGUGACUGCUACAUUAUCCUCUACACUUACCCUAAAGGGCAGAUCAUCUACACAUGGCAAGGAGCCCAUACUACAAAAGAUGAACUGACGGCGUCUGCAUUUCUGACUGUUCAGCUGGAUCGGUUAUUGAAUGGUCAGGCUGUGCAGAUCCGAGUCAGCCAAGGCAAAGAGCCUGCACAUCUACUGAGCUUGUUCAAAAACAAACCGCUUAUUGUCUACAAGGACGGGACAUCCAAGAAGGAAGGUCAGAAACCUGCUCCACCCACGCGACUCUUCCAAAUCCGCAGGAAUCUGGCAGCCAUUACCAGGAUUGCAGAGGUUGAUGUUGAUGCAACGUCACUAAACUCCAAUGAUGUCUUUGUUCUGAAACUGCCAAACAACUCUGGCUACACCUGGGUAGGAAAAGGAGCAAACAAAGAAGAGGAACAAGGGGCUCAAUACAUUGCCAGCGUUCUUAAAUGCCAGACUGCUAAGAUUAAUGAAGGCCAGGAACCAGAGGAAUUCUGGAAAGCGCUUGGAGGUAAAAAAAAAUAUCAGACUUCAUCACAACUCUUGACAAAGGCUGAAGCUCAUCCCCCUCGCCUGUAUGGUUGUUCUAAUAAGACUGGCAGAUUUAUUAUUGAGGAGGUCCCAGGAGAAUUCACUCAGGACGAUUUGGCUGAAGAUGAUGUCAUGUUGCUGGAUGCUUGGGAGCAGGUUUUUGUCUGGAUUGGGAAGGAUGCUAAUGAAACUGAGCGACAGGAAUCCGUUAAAUCUGCCAAACGCUAUAUUGAAACAGAUCCUUCUGGCAGAGAUAAGAGGACCCCCAUUGUGAUCGUGAAGCAGGGGCACGAACCCCCGACAUUCACAGGCUGGUUCCUGGCCUGGGACUCCAACAAAUGGAAGAACUGAUCUAUCCAAGGAGGCUCCAGCUUCAAGCCAAAGAAUGAUCAGAGCCCAGCUACUUUCUAGUAUUUUUAAGCAUAAGCUUAUGCAACAAUAUGAUGCGUCUGUUGUGACACUUUCCCGAGCUUUGAUAUAUGUGAAUAACCUAGAAAUUCUUAGCACUGGAAAGAAUAAAUGAUAAUUGUAAACUGUUCAAAUGGGGUGAGUGGGGCUUUUCAUGUAGUGAAUAUGGAAAGCGCUACCGAUACUUUGUUUCAUCUAUUGAUUCUUCAAACAGAAGCUGUGGAUCACUUUAUUUUAAUGUGCUAAAAUGGGCCAAAUUCUGCCUUCACUUAAAAAUCCAAACUAAUGCCACAGAAAUUCCUUUAGAUUAAGGUCAGCAUAAUAUUGUGCAGAAUUUGGCCUGAUAAAGGACUAAUUCUACAUCUGUUGCAAGGGUAGGACUGGACAUGAUUUACUUACUAGGCUAAAAUAUUGCCACACUCAUUCACCUAAAAUUUCAGAUGAUGCCUGAUACAGAGUGGGAGCUGUGUCUUGCAGGGGGCAAGUAAGGGAUGGGUAUUUUGAGAAAGGUGUGCUUAACGUGUUUGUCUUGUUAGUACAUAUAUUUGGAGCUUUGGACUGAAUGGCUGUAAGAAUAUGAAGUUGGCAAAGGUUUUUUUGAGGGACUGUCUAGCUCAUUGUAAUGAAUUUCUUUAGAUUUAUCUCUGUGAACCACCUCCAGCUCCACCAGGUCUUUUUAACCAAAGCUCUUAAACACAUUCUAGUGCACUGGUGCUUUUAAGUGGAAGCAGUAGAAUACUGCUAUUUGUACGUAAAAAUACGUACUUUGCCUUAAUCAGAUUGCACUUAAGCCAUACUUUGUCUCGGUUGCCUUACUCAGCAGUACUCAGUUCUCUUCCGGCAUGCAGACUGCUCACCUUGUCAGGUGCAGGAUGUGUUUCUACUCAUUUUCUAUGGAGGUCUUAGUCAAGUAUCAAGUACAUCAAGUGCAAGGAAACCCCUUGUUUCAGUAGCAUUCCACAUCCUGGGAAUUUGGAGUGUGAGCACACACCAUAGAAUAUGGCCUUCUCUUUUCUCUCAGACACAGUUAUUUGGGCUUUUUUUAUUUUGGUGAAUUUAAGAGUACCUUUUCAAAGUGUUUUUUAUUUGUAAUUUAGCCAGAAAAGUCUACGUAAGGCCAGUGGGAAAAAUUCUGCUUCAAAUCUUUAGUACUGCUUUGAUCACUUAUCCUAUAAUGCUUGUUUGAAGGCAUUUCAAUGGUUUUAUUAUUCUUAUAAGUUAGGUUGGAAAGUGCAACUUUAGACAUUUUUGUAUUUUUUUUAACAUGAUUGUGAUUUUGAAUCUGGGUAAUGCAAAAGAGUGAAUUUAGUCUGAGCUCAUAAUAUCGAUGACAAAAGAAUUGUGAAGCUAAGAGAUUAAUUAUAGGAGUUUGUUAGCUUUAAACAUUUGUUUAAAUCUCUGCUAAUAUAACUGGGCUGUAUCUGAAUGUAAUUUCAUUUAAAAUAAAAUUACAAAAACCAGUAUUCUA